GUGUAACCAUCCCGUUAGACAUGGACCUACAUUUGAAUAUUAAAGAAACAAGAAUACUACAACACACAACUCUCUCCUAUAAAAGGGUGAAGGAAUCAAUUCAGUCUGCCAUAGUCUGAGUUUUACUACUCAUAUAUAUUCCUUUAAAAUCUCCUCCUAUUAUACCUCUAAUUUUAUCCUCUUUUCUGUCUCAUAUGAAACAUAAAAAAUACAAAAAAAGAGGGUAAAAAAAUGGCCCUUCCACACACACAACAAGAAACAAAAGUUGUUCCAGAUGCCUGGGAUUACAAAGGAAGACCUGCCCUUAGAUCUACCUCUGGUGGUUGGGCUGGUGCCGCCAUGAUUUUAGGGGUUGAAGCUGUGGAGAGGCUAGUAACGCUAGGCAUUGCUGUGAACUUGGUGGUGUACUUGACUAAAACAAUGCAUUUAGGAAAUGCUAGCGCUGCCAACAUUGUUACUAACUUUAUGGGAACUUCCUAUAUACUCACUUUGUUUGGUGGCUACGUUGCUGACACUUUCCUCGGAAGGUAUCUUACCGUUGGCAUCGGAGCCACUGUUCAAGCAAUAGGUGUGACAAUUUUGACAAUCUCGACCAUAAUCCCAAGCUUACAACCUCCAAAAUGUAAUCUCGGAAGCCCAUCAUGCAUCCCCGCAAACGGCAAACAGCUCGCCGUCCUGUUCACCGCCCUCUACAUGACUGCCCUAGGAACUGGAUUCCUGAAAUCCAGUGUCUCGGGCUUUGGGACGGACCAAUUUGAUGAGUCCGACCCAAAGGAAAAAGGACGGAUGAUAAAAUUCUUCAGUUGGUUCUUUUUCCUAAUUAAUGUUGGAGCGCUUACUGCGGUGACAAUACUCGUGUACAUUCAGGAUAAAGUUGGAAGGAAAUUCGGGUAUGGAAUUUGUGCGUGCGCGAUUUUAGUUGGUCUUGUGUUUUUCUUAUCCGGUACGAAAAGGUACCGGUUCAAGAAACUUGUUGGGAGUCCGUUAGCGCAGUUUGCUUCUGUAUUUAUUGCUGCUUGGAGAAAAAGGCAUAUGAAAUUACCGUCUGAUUCUACCGUUUUGUUCAAUAUUGAUGAUAUUAUUGGAGAUGAAAACGUUAAAGAUAAACAAAAGUUGCCUCACAGCAAGGAGUUCCGUUUCUUGGAUAAAGCAGCUAUUAAAGAUUCUUCUAGUGAAUUUUCUGGGACAGCAAUAUUGAAUAAUUGGAACCUAGCAACUUUAACAGAUGUUGAAGAAGUUAAAUUGGUAAUUAGAAUGUUACCAACAUGGGGCACGUCAAUUAUGUUUUGGACUGUCUAUGCUCAAAUGACAACAUUUUCCGUGUCACAAGCAACAACAAUGGAUCGGCACAUCGGAAAAUCCUUCGAAAUUCCUCCGGCUUCACUCACCGCCUUUUUCGUUGCAAGUGUUAUGGUUGUUAUUAUUUUCUACGAUAGGGUUAUUGUACCCUUAUGUGCCCGGUACCUGAACAGUCCACAUGGCUUCACCCCUUUGACACGUAUUGCAAUAGGCUUAGUCACGUCUAUUUUCGCGAUGAUUGCAGCUGCUUUAACGGAGAUAAAGAGAUUGAACGUUGCUCAAUCUCACGGAUUGACUAACAAUCCGAACGCGGUGAUUCCCAUGAGUGUGUUUUGGUUGGUGCCACAAUUCUUGCUUGUUGGAGGAGGUGAAGCUUUUACAUACAUUGGACAACUUGAUUUUUUCUUAAGAGAGUGUCCUAAAGGGAUGAAGACUAUGAGUACCGGGUUAUUUAUUAGCACGAUUUCGCUUGGAUUUUUCUUUAGUUCGAUUUUAGUAUCGAUCGUAGACAAGGUGACCGCGAAAUCAAGGCCAUGGCUAGCUGAUAAUCUUAACCAAGGGAAACUAUCUAAUUUCUAUUGGCUUUUGGCGAUUUUGAGUGUAUUGAACGUGAUACUUUUUUUCUAUUGUGCAAAACGUUACGUGUACAAGGAGAAGAGGCUAGCUGAAGUGGGGAUUCAAAUGGAGGACUCAGGACCAGUUUGUCAUUAAGUAAAUAGGAAAAAAACUAUCCAUGCAGUACUUCAUUAGCAUAGCCAGUUUUUUUUUUUUCCUUUUGUGUGUGUUUGAUUUUCUUGUUGGGGUUUUAUUUUUGUGGCAAAUGUACCAUAGAAAAAGUGGGUUCAAAGGACCCAUUGUCUUUGGCUCAAGCCUACUAUAGUUUGUAUGUAGAAACUGCAGGUUGAAAAUAAUGUACUAUAUAUGAAAGAUUCUGAACCCACUGCUUCAAAGAAGCAGUGGUUUGGUAGCA